AUGCGAAGUGAAGCUUACGCCGCCAUCGAGACCUACCUCUCGAGGUCAAGGAGGCGAGUCCGUGGGCGGCUCAAGGCGGACGUAAUCAAGAACAGCCAAUCUCUGGUUCUUACCAUGGAUGAUAAUGAAGAAGUGGCUGACGAAUUUCAGGGAGUAAAAGUCUGGUGGGCUUCUGGAAAGAACCUUUCCAAGACACAGACUUUUUCUUUCCAGCCAGUUCCUGCUGAUGAAAAGAGAUAUUUCAAGCUAAAAUUCCAUAAAAAGCAUAGAAAUUUAAUCACUGGUUCGUACUUGAAUCAUGUAUUGAAGGAAGGGAAGGCGAUAAAGGUGAAAAACCGGCAGCGAAAACUGUACACAAACAGUGGGUCCUCCUGGAGUUUUGUACCAUUUGAGCAUCCAGCAAAUUUCCAGACAUUAGCGAUGGAGCCUGAAAAAAAGGGGGAGCUUGUUAAUGAUUUGAUUACAUUUAGCAAGGCUGGAGAAUUUUAUUCAACUAUUGGUAGGGCCUGGAAACGCGGUUAUCUUCUUUACGGCCCGCCAGGGACUGGUAAAUCCACUACAGUUGCUGCCAUGGCUAAUCUACUAGGGUAUGACAUUUAUGAUCUUGAAUUAACAGCAGUGAAAGACAAUACAGAAUUGAAGAAAUUAUUGAUCGCGACAUCUAGCAAGUCGAUUAUUGUGAUUGAGGAUAUUGAUUGUUCAGACGACCUGACUGGACAAAGGGCGAAGAAAAGGGAGAAGAAGGAUAUAGAAGAAAAUGUUCCUGUGAAGAAAUUCAUAAAGGAAGAAUCAGAAUCAAGAAUUAGUAAGGUUACACUUUCUGGACUUCUGAAUUCCAUAGAUGGGCUAUGGUCAGCUUGUGGGGGAGAAAGGCUGAUUGUAUUUACUACCAACUAUGUGGAGAAACUGGAUCCUGCCCUUAUUCGGAGAGGACGAAUGGAUAAGCACAUUGAGUUGUCAUAUUGCAGUUUUGAAGCUUUUAAGGUUUUGGCAAGGAACUAUCUUAAUUUGGAGUCGCACUAUUUGUUUUCGAGAAUUUGUAGUUUCCUCGAGGAAAUCAAGAUUACUCCAGCAGAUGUUGCAGAAAGUUUGAUGCCAAAGACUGUACCUGUUGAUGCAGAAAGUUGUUUGCAGGAUCUUAUUUUAGCUCUCGAGGGCGCAAAAAAGCAAGCAGGGACGGAAAACCACAUGAUUAAAUAA